AUGGAAGUGAAGGGCUUGGAGAGCAUCAGGAGCAGCCGCCUGUGCUUGAAGACAAGAACGAACAUCUUUGUGUACGCCAAUCUAGCUACGGUAACACAGGCCGAGGAGCAAUGCCGACGUCUAGGCGGACGUUUACCAGCCGGAAGUCAGGAAGUUGAAUGCCUAGAACAAGCCGUUGGCACGGUGGGCGCACACGCUAAUGAAAUCCGGCCGUGGUUGCUGAGACUUUUUGAUAAUCCCGUGAGAGAAGGCGACCGGUAUACUCUGCACAGAGCUGAUGCACCGCCAAAUGAGCAAGCACGCAACAAUGUGGCAUGCGCCUUCAGUCUCAGGGAAUACUUCUGCACCCAGGAAGUAAGCUUGGUCCAUUAUCCACAGGCUAACAUGGAUAGCGCCGAAAAUAUGGCGGCAUUUUGUCAGAAUCAAAAAGCUCGGGUUGCGACUGACGGUGAUAUGAAGUGUGUUGAAGAUUUCAGAUCUGUGAUUCUCUCAGAGACGGGUCACUUUGAACAAAACUUUACUAACCAGUUGUGUGUAGUCAGUACUAAGACAGGGGAAUACGAGUGUGCACAGUCGGGCUCAACGCUCAAGUACUUCCCCCUCGAAUUGACUGUUUCUGAGGCCACGCUGCUUUGUGCGGAGCAUGGCGGUAAUCUGCCCUCGUCCAUCGCAUGCGCCAGAACACUAAUGGCAGAAGUACACGGCAGUCACUCUCCAUUGGCUGCCUGGACGUCGUACGACAAUAAUGGACAGCACCUCGACACGAACAUAGUGUAUAUCAGCAAGACCACCGGUGCUCUAUUAAAGCGCAAGGUUAUUUGCGACCUGCCUUCAGAUCCUCAGCCAGACCCAGCCGCUGUGAAAACACUAACAGAGGAGUUCCAUUGUAAACUCAGCAAUACAAAACUGAGGUACUUCGAUAUCAAAUUAUCUUACGGGCAAGCAGUACGUUUCUGUGCCAAGAUCUACGGAAGCAUACCUUUAAGGACUUCCUGCUCAAGGGACGCCCUCGACUUUAAACUGCCCGUUGUCUGGAUAACGGAAGUUGUUACAUCAGCUGCAUUUCGACGAGCAUCGAAUGGUUCCUACCAUUCCAUAGUUCGCAUUCCUCAAGUGGAACUCAAUGUCGCCUGUGAAUUACCCUACCCGGAAUUAAGAUGUCCAUACUACCCAUCAACCAUCAUCAAAUACUUCCCAGUGGAUAUGACAUUUGCUGAUGCAACUGAUCACUGCCAGAAGAUGAAUGCAAAGAUAGCGUCUAGAACUUUCUGUGUGAAAGACUUUUUCCACACCACAGGCAGCAAGCCGGUGGCCUGGGUGUCAUGGAAACUCGGGAAUCUUCAAUAUGCAACUGACGAGUUUCCAUACAAACUGACAUCUCUGCCCGAAACUAAGCACAAGGUUGUGUGUGAAAUCGCACCGGAGAGCCAGCACUUUUGUCUGAAAACUAGAGCUCACAUUGGUUUGUAUGCCAAUCGUGCCACAUUGAGGCAGGCGAAGGAUCAAUGCAAGCGUCUAGGAGGACGGCUACCCGCUGGAGGUCAAGAGGCAGAUUGCCUAAAGCACGCUCUGAAGAAAGUGAAGCCUGGUUCUCCAGCUAAGGGAACCAAGCCGUGGGUGCAAAACCAUGACGACGACCUGCUCCAUCCCACUGCCAAGAGCAUGUAUACUCUGUAUGAGAGUAACGAACAGAGUCGGCAGUGGUAUGAGCACCACACUGUGGCGUGCGCCUUCAAUCUCAGGGAAUACUUCUGCGUGCGGUCUAUUGAUCCAUACGGAGCACCCAUGGUCCACUAUCCUAACACGACACUGGACAACAUCGAAAAGACCAAGACGUUUUGCGUGGCGCAAGGAGGCCGAGCUGCGAUCGACACACCCGAUGAAAGGCACUGUAUUGCGGAGUUCAGGGACAUAAUUCACAAAGAGACAGGUCACUGGGAAGAAAACCUGGUGAACCAGGUGUGCGUUUUCGGUCCUCAUGAGGUUUUCUGCGACGACUCGUGGCGGAUGCUUAAACUUUUCCCAAAGCGGCUGAAUUAUCGGGAUGCAGCCCGUCACUGCCGUAGACUGGGCGGACAGUUCCCGGAUAGAGAUGAGCAAAACUGUAUACAGCGUAGCUUUCUGUCUCCGCAAGCGCCUCGUCCAUUGUCUGCCUGGCUCGGCUUCCGGGACGGCUAUGGAUUCGUAAUGUCUACUGAUGGCAAUUCGUACACGCCUGAAGAGCUGGGGACGAAGCUAAUGGACUACGUAAUCUGCUCCAUUAAAUGGGGUUACCGCACAAAUGCAACUUACCACGCCAAAGAGAUUGAUCUGGAACUUAGCCCGAACUUCUUAUCCGAUGAAGCUGGACGCAAAUGCCCUGCAGGCACAGUCCACUUUCGCCCCCACGGUUACGUGACCGAUGAACAACUCGCUACAGCUUGUUCAAAUGAUCACCGCCAAAUUGGGGUUGCUGCUGCUUCACUUCGGACUGCUGUUUGA